AUGGCUUCACCUUCUCAGGAUGAUGCUCGACAGAAUGCCAAGCGGUCGCCCUACGAGAAUACGAUAACGUUGCCGAUUCUCGAUAAAGAACUGCCUUCCAUCCCCGAGCUCACCUCCCCUGCGCUCAGUCUACCCACCCGCAUCAAAGGUUCACCAACACCUAGUCCGGGCCAUACUUCGCCGGCAAUACCGAACGGAAACUCUGAGGCACCAGACUAUCUGAAUGGUGGACUUCCCCAUGAUGGGGUCGUCCCAGAUCUGUUGAACAGCAAGCCACGAUCCGUGCACUCGGCCAUCGAGCCUACGACCGCCGCAGCUCUUUCAGACUCCGGUAUUCCCGAGAGCUAUGCAGAGGUGCAGACGCCUUCGUUGUCGCCGGAACCCGCAGACCGGCGGAGCGUACAGUUCUCAAGGUCGGACGUCGUCAUAGAUGCCCAGACGCACACGAGACAUGGCUCGUGGGAUGCUGGCAUCCCCGCCCGGUCUAGAGCUUUCAUGUCGCGGCUGAAGGCUCUGGCAGUUCAAGGAGGCUUGCCCGCGCCGAGGGCACCAAGCUUGCAUGGCCCUGGCUCAGAUACUGGGGGCCAAUCGACUGCAAGCUCGCCAACGAUUGGGCGGGGUGCUCGGAUGGCACACAGUCUCAACGAGGAUGGAAGUGACGCAGAUGCAGACGCGGAGGAGACGGCAGACGAAGCACUGCCCGAGGACAGUGCCGCCAAGUCGAGGAAGAAGCGGAGGCGCAUGCGGCGCCCGAAGCUCCAAACGCAGUCAACGCCGGGCACCCCGCGGCUUAACUUGCCCGAUCCAGACUCGCCCAUGGUCAAUAGAAGGUCCCUGACGAGAAGGGCCACGAUGCCGGACCCUGGCGAAAGAGUCGGCCUUUCUGAGGGCGAGGGUCGGGAUCAUCUAACGAGAGAAUCUGCCUGGCGACGAGGCAGCUCGUGGAUCGGUCGCAGUGAGGAUCACGAAGAUGCCGAGAGUCCUUCUGGACGAAGGCUCGGCCAUAUACGUCGCAUUUCCGUCUUUGGGGGAGGCGGAGGCGGCGGGGCUUCCGAUGGAGAUGCCAUGACUCCGCGCAGGCCCUUCUUUGCUGGCGACAGAGCGUCGACCUUCGGCGCUCAGAAAUGGAGACAAGUCAAGAAUACGCUGAAGCUUUUGCGGCAGAAGAAGGAGCAGCAAUUCGACUACUACAAGUCGGCAGAGUUGAUGGCCGAGCUUCGCGCUGGUGCACCGGCCGUGUUGAUGUUGGCUAGCAUGAUACAACGCGACGAGCACGGCAACAAGAGGAUACCCGUCUUACUUGAGCAGCUCAGACUUAGAAUCACCGAUAGCUCUCCGGUAGAAGACGGAGAGAGCGAGCGACAUUGGCUCUUCACCAUCGAGCUUGAGUAUGGGAGUGGUCCUAGCCGCAUGCGAUGGACUGUGAAGAGAACCAUUCGUGAGAUCUUGAACCUACACUGGAAGUACAAGCUGGAUCUUAGGAACGACAAGUACCUCCACACGAUACAGCUUGGAGCAAGACCGAAGCAGCCACGCUUCCCUAUCUCUGCGUUUCCGUAUGUUCGCGGUCUCCGGGGUGUCGACGCCUCAGACGAGGAUGACGGCGUCAGCAAUGCUGGCGACGACGCCGGAGAAGGGACUGCAGGGGAGGGGACUGCCGGUGAAGCAACCGCUACCGAAGCCGAAGGCAGGAUAGCACCCCGAAGGAGAAAGUCACGCAUGGCCAUGCUUGGCAUGAGCCGCAAGUCGUCCACGGUCGCAGGAGGCGAAGACCAAGGCGCCGACGCGGCAAUGGACGAAGCCCUCGCCAGGCGCAGGUACAUCGAAAGGCAGCAGAGAAUGCUGGAAAAGUACCUUCAAGAAAUGAUCCGCUGGCUCAUGUUCCGAGCGGAUAGCAACCGGCUGUGCCGCUUCCUGGAACUGUCUGCCCUCGGCGUUCGGCUGGCUGCUGAGGGCAGCUACCACGGAAAAGAGUGCUUCCUGCACAUCCAGUCCUCCAAGGGUCUAGACUUCCGCAGGGUUCUCACACCCGCCAAGGUGAUUGAGCGACACAGCCGCAAGUGGUUCCUUGUCAGAUCAAGCUACAUUGUCUGCGUUGAAUCUGCCGAGAACAUGAACAUCUAUGAUGUAUACCUUGUCGAUCCCAAAUUCAAGAUCAUAUCAAAGAAGAACAAGCUCAAGCAGAUUGGCUCGAAGGACAAAGCCGAAGAGGUUGAUCUGACCUCAGGGCAGCCACACCGCAAGCAUCACACAAUCACUCUCAUGACUUCGGAGCGCAAGGUCAAGUUGUGGGCUCGGAACCAGCACUUGAUCCGUCAGUUCGAAGAGUCUAUCACAGACAUGCUGAAGCAGACGCCGUGGCACCAGCAUAAUAGAUUCAACAGCUUCGCGCCUGUCCGUACUGGAGUCUUCGCGCAGUGGCUCGUUGACGGUCGGGACUACAUGUGGAACGUCUCUCGAGCUAUAAGCAUGGCGAAAGACGUCAUCUACAUUCACGACUGGUGGCUCAGCCCCGAGCUGUACAUGCGGCGGCCGGCAUGUAUCAGUCAAAAGUGGCGGCUUGAUCGUCUUCUGCAGCGGAAAGCUAGGGAAGGCGUCAAGAUCUUUGUCAUCAUCUAUCGCAACGUCGAGGCUGCUAUCCCUAUCGACUCGGAGUACACCAAGUUUGCCCUGCUGAAUCUGCAUCACAACAUCUUUGUUCAGAGAUCUCCCAACCAGUUCAAGAAGAACCAGUUCUUCUUUGCGCAUCACGAGAAGAUCUGCAUUGUAGACCACGACGUGGCCUUUGUUGGCGGAUUGGAUCUCUGCUUUGGUCGCUGGGAUAGUCCUGAACAUCUGCUCCACGAUGACAAACCCACGGGAUUCGAGCCCGAAGACAACCCCAAAGAUGCGGAGCACUGCCAGCUCUGGCCCGGAAAGGACUAUUCGAAUGCCCGAGUUCAGGACUUUUACUCGCUGCGCGAGCCGUACAAGGAGAUGUAUGACCGCACUAGAGUUCCGCGCAUGCCCUGGCACGAUAUCUCGAUGCAAGUCGUAGGGCAGCCAGCAAGAGAUCUCACGAGGCACUUUGUACAGCGGUGGAACUAUCUGAGACGAGGACGAAAGCCUACCCGCCCGAUUCCGUUCCUACUCCCUCCUCCAGACAGCAAUGGAGAGGAACUGGAGAACCUGGGCCUCACAGGUACUUGUGAGGUGCAGAUCCUGAGAUCGGCAUCCACAUGGUCUCUGGGCAUCGACGAGACGGAAGCAAGUAUCCAAAAUGCCUACAUCAGCAUGAUCGAGGAGUCGGAGCACUUUGUCUACAUGGAGAACCAGUUCUUCAUCACCAGCACGGAGACGCUCAAUGUGAAGAUCCUCAACCGCAUUGGCGAUGCCCUUGUCGAGCGCAUCAUUCGAGCCAACGAGAACGACGAGGACUGGCGUUGCGUGAUCAUCAUUCCUUUGCUGCCAGGCUUCCAAAACUCUGUCGCUGACCAGGAUGGCACAAGCGUUCGACUGAUUCUGCAGUGCCAGUUCCGUAGCAUCUGCCGCGGGGACGAUUCCAUCUUUGGGCGCCUCAAAACCGCUGGAAUCGAGCCAGAGGACUACAUCCAGUUCUUCAGUCUUCGGCAAUGGGGUCGCAUCAACCAUGGCACGGUCCUGACUACUGAGCAGCUCUACAUCCAUGCCAAGACAAUCAUCAUUGAUGACCGUGUUGCAUUGAUUGGAUCGGCCAAUAUCAACGAAAGGUCUUUGUUAGGGGACCGUGAUUCCGAGUGUGCAGCGAUCGUCCGGGACAGGGACAUGCUCUGGUCGACAAUGGGUGGUAAGCCCUAUCAAGUCGGCCGCUUCGCUCACACCUUGCGCCUCCGUCUCAUGAGAGAACAUCUCGGACUGGACACAGACGAAAUCCUUGCCGAGGACAGGCAAGCUGACAUGGAACGUGAAAACGAGUUUAUGAACGACAUGAACGAUAUGUACAGCGAUGAUUCCGAUGCUUCGCCAACAGCCGAGGGCUCCCGCCGGCCUCGAUCGAGAUCGCGGCCCCUCAUCUACAGUCGUACCCCUAGCAUCAAUCGUGAUGUUGAUCUCGAGGAAUUGGAAAGCCACGUAGUACCUGAGGAGCCGGAACUGGACCUGCAGACGACCCAGGCGUCCGGUAGCAAGUCCCAAGGCUCGGGGGAGACCAAGGUCGUCGCCAACCAUGACAAGCAGCAAAAGGAUGUCGAGGGUUUCGGUGAAGAUCGCUGGCGUAUGGCCCACAAGCAAGGCAUCGAUCAGGGCCGGGACUCGGUCAUCAUCGACGGGCAAGAGGUGCUUGUGAAUCACGUCUUUGGCAAGGGCGAAAACCCGCUGAGCCCGAGCCAGGCGAAUCAUCAUCAUCAUCACACCGUACCCAACGAAGUCCUCAAUAAUGACGAAUGCUCUGCCAAAGACAAGGUCCCGCCUAUGCCGCCCUUCAACCGCCGGACGACAGAUCAGCUUGGGCUUCUACGAACCAGUCAACUUCCUACCCUGCCUCUCACCGAUGACACCGACAUCGGUGGCCCACCACUGCAUCUCGAUACCCAGGGCAACCCGAGUAACGGUCCAGUCAACCCGCUGAUGGCCGAUAUCAGACUUGCCGAUGUCACGCGAGACUGUAUGCGAGACCCGCUGAACCCCAACUUCUACAACGAAGUCUGGGCCCGCGUGGCCGAGAACAACACCAAGAUCUAUCGCCGCGUUUUCCGCUGCAUGCCGGACUCGGAGGUCACCAACUGGCACGAGUUCCAGGAGUUCAUCACCUACGGUGCGCGCUUCCAGGAGAGCAUGGAAGGGACCAAGAAGAGCGAGGAUCCAGAGCGCAAAUCCGAGUCGCACCCGCCCAGACACGGCACGUCUGGCGGUGCGGGCAUCGGGGCGCCGUCUCCGGGCGCGGCGCUCGCCAGCGUGGGCGAAAAGAUCGCCGCCGUAGCGACCGGCGGCGGCGAGAACAAGAAGGAGAAGGAGUCCUCUGGCGAGUUUGACGAGAAGGCCAAGGAGAAGGAGCCGUUCCCUGCCGCGCCUCUGAAGGAGAAGGAGCCUCACACCGACAUGGAGAAGGCGGCCGAGGCCGAGCGCGCACUCAAGGAGCACGACACGCACGUCGCCGGCGGCCCUACAGCCCCAACUAAGGAGUCAGAGAGUGCUAUCGACGACUCGCAGCCGGCCGCCAACAAGCCAGACAAGGGCAAGGAGCGCCGCGCGACCUUCUCGGCGCUCGAGAAGCCGCCGACCGGUGGCCCGAGCACAGCAGCAUCCACCGGCCAGCAGCAGCCUGCGGCGGCCGCCAACGGGGGAUCCGUCAAGCGCAGGCGGCGCGCCGGUACCAAGGGCAGCCGCCGCGGCUUCCAGGGCACCGACGACCUGCUCACCAAGGCCGAGGCGGACGACCUGUGCGGCAUGAUCCAGGGCCACCUGGUGCAGUUCCCGUACGACUGGCUGCUGGUCGAGGAGGGCAACGGCAACUGGCUGUACCAGGUCGACCAAGUGGCUCCCUUGCAGAUCUAG